AGGGGCAUCACUGGGGCAGGGGGGCAGGAGCCUCUAGGGAGAGGGGGUGUGUGGUGCCUGGAGCCAGGUCCCAGCCGCAGGGAUCCGGGUGCGAGAGGCAGGGCCGGGGAGACAGACAGGCCUGAAAGCAGCAGGGACAAAGGGGUCACUGCGGCUAAUCCAGGUAAUGGGAUCAGGGUGAGCCCUCCCCGUCCCGCUGCCGUUCCUUCCCCUGCAGCUGCCCAGGCCAGUCCGGCUUGCCGAGGUCUCUGUCUCGCAGCCAGUCAUCCUGGGUCGCCGGUGGUGGAGAGGCUGGAAGACGGGAGACUCAAGCACAGGCUCUGCUGCCAGCAUUGAAGGCUCAGGAUUGAGGUGCUCCUCACUCCUGUGCUCAGUAGCGACCGAUGCCCUUUUCCUCCAAAAAUAGGUCCAAGCCCUUGGUGGAUCUGGCUAAACUCUCAGCUUCCAGCACAUCUGGUGGCCACAAGUCCCACCCUUUCCUCCCACUCUGGGUAGAAAAGACCUGCCUGGUGUUCGCUAUCAAUCAAUGACCUCCUAGUCUUGUGCGGUGACCCCCUGUUUUUAUCUGGUGAGCGACAGGUGGCCCAGGGGACGGAGACGCCUCCAGUAAGUCCCACAAGAGAGCAAGAGAGGAGGCCCUGAGCUGGGUGAGGCCUCCCCAAGGAGAAAUGGCUGCUGAUAUGGGUCCCGCGCCAGCCCCGGGCUUCCCCUUGCCAACAUCAGGACAGCCCCGUGUGAAAGUGGAGGAGCAGGAAGCAGAGCCCAGGGUGGGAGCAAAGGGCACCGGGAAAGCCCCUCGCAUUGUCCAGGCUGGGACCAGCGGUGGGUCCCUGACGUGGGCAGCUCCACGGCAGGUCAAGCAGGAGCUGCAGGAGGAACCGGUCCAGCGCUGGAAGGUGCUUCAAGCCCCGCCAUCCCCUGCCGGUGCUGCACCAACCCUCUCCUCCCCACGGGUGCUGGAGCUGGCACCCAGGGAUGAGCCUUCAGCUGUGGAGACGCGGCGCCAGCACUUCCGGGGCUUCUGCUACCAGGAGGCCGAGGGGCCGCGGGAGGUGUGCAGCCGCCUGCGGGAGCUCUGCCGAGGUUGGCUGCAGCCCCAGUGCCGCAGCAAGGAGCAGAUCCUGGAGCUGGUGGUGCUGGAGCAGUUCCUGGCCAUCCUGCCCCAGGAGAUGCAGAGCUGGCAGUGGGGGCGCGGCGUGGAGACCUGUGCCGAGGCUGUGGCCCUGGCUGAGGGGUUUCAGCUGGGGCAGGAGGAGGAUGAGAAGCUGCAGGUCACAGUGCGUGUGAAAGUCGAGGACAUGACCUCGGACAAGAUGGUGCCUGCUGGGACAUUGUGGGAACCUCUGGACUCCUGUCUGGAGUGUCCCCUCAUGCACACACCCCAGGACGAGGCUGGAUGGGAUGAAAGCCCAGGGCCCCGGGGGAGGUUGCCUCGUGCCUUCAGAGAGGAGCCUGCAUCACUCCAGGAGUCAGAUUCCCCCGAUGCACGUGAGACCUGGGACUCAUCAGCAGAUGAAAGCUCCUCAGGCUGGUUCCCCAUGCAAGGUCCUUCCCUUGAAGCAGGGAUCCUGAGCAGAGCUGAGGAAGGGCCUGUAACCCAGGAGCUGCCACGGCCGUUCUCAUGGAGGCUGCUGGAUAGAAGCUCCCAACCUGAGCCCAAGAGGCAGGGCCAACCCCAACUGCAGAGGGACAUUGUGGCCGGGAGCAGAGAUGGGUGCGAUGGAGAAGCCAGGGCCAAGAGCCAGGAAAGUCUUGUGGAGCUGAGAGACCUGAAGAUCCACCAGUGGCAACUUCACCCAGGCGAGAGGCUGGAUCCAAGCCAAGCUGGCGGGGCUGGCAUCCGAGGGAAGCCAGAGCUUGGUACCGCAUGCCGGGAGAGAGCUCACCCCUGCCUUCAGUGCGGGAAGCAUUUCAGCUGCCCAUCGCGCCUGGCCGCACACGAGCGUCUGCACGCAGGGGAGAAGCCUCAUGGCUGCCCCGAGUGCGAGAAGCGCUUCGCCCAUCCGUACUACCUGGCUGCCCACCGCCGUGUGCACUCGGGGGAGAAGCCCCAUGGCUGCCCUGAGUGCGAGAAGCGCUUCUCCACCCGCUCGGACCUGGCCCGGCACCGCCGCAUCCACUCGGGGGAGAAGCCGCAGCGCUGCGGGGACUGUGGCAAGAGUUUCCUGUGCCGCUGGAAGCUGACCCGGCACCAGCGCAUCCACUCGGGGGAGAAGCUGCACCGGUGCCAGGACUGCGGGAAGAGCUUCGCUCGCCCUGACGGCCUGGCUGCUCACCGCCGCAUUCACUCGGGUGAGAGGCCGCACCGCUGCGGGGACUGCGGCAAGAGCUUCACGCAGUCGUCCGGCCUGGCCGUCCACCGUAAGUUCCAUUCGGGGGAGAAACCCCACGGCUGUCCCGACUGCGGGAAGAGCUUUGUGCGCCGGCCAGACCUGGCCCAGCACCGGCGCAUCCACUCGGGCGAGCGCCCAUAUGUCUGCGGUGCCUGCGGGAAGAGCUUUGUCAACAGCUCCAACCUGGCCCGGCACCGCCGCAUCCAUGUGCAGGCGCUGGCUUGACUUGGCCCCCAUGGUGGACGCCCCUUCAGCCUCCACACCUCCUGCCCUCAGGCAGACGGCUUGCCAAGGGUAGAGAGAUGUGUCCGGCCCUCAUGAGGCACCGAAAGAGUCGCUGGGUCCAGAGGCCUGACCCUGGUAUUUGAUGGGGAGCAGAGAGGAUGUUCCCUUUUGCCAGAGGGAGUUAGCUGGCUGUGUUCCUUGCUGCCCCUCAGGAAUGACGUCAGAAUCCGCCUCAGAAUCUGGCCCUGCCCAGGCAGAGCCAUAGUGGACAGGAGAGGCUGGGGCAGGGGUCAGCACGGGCACCAUGACCUCCCCCUCUUUCUGACAUUGACCCCGGACCCUGCUGCACUGAGACUGUCCAGUUCUCCUGCAUGGACCAGCAGUGCCUUCCCGGCACGAGGCCACAGGCAGGCCUGACAGGCACCCUGGGACUGUCACUCCGGUUCACUGCCAUGGCAUGGGCUGGUGGGCUUGUUCCUCCAAUCAUUCUUGGGGUCCCAGUACUGGAGGGUCUUGGGCUGCAGCAUUCAUGGUAUUUAUGACCAGAGAAGCAUUUGCUGAACCCCAUCUCCCCCCCACCCCCCAACAAAUCAUCGCUCCCCCUGAAAUGUUUGUGCCUGUAACUCUCCCAGUGUCCCUCACGGCUUCUCUUGUCCUCUCAGCGGACUGUUAGCAGGAACCUCUGGGCAGUGUGGACCAGAGUGCCUCUGCUGGCUUUGAGAUGGGGGCUGUAUAGAGCAGUCCUGUCCUUCUUCGUGCCCUUGGGACAAGGUAUUUAGCAGAAGUCGCAGCUUCAUUGGCAGCCGAUGGGCCCAGGCUGCAAGCGCUUCUGCCAUGGCAAAGGAGAGACAGCCCACGACAUAACCUACCUCUCCUAUGGAAGUGUGGGGCAGCCUCUUGAGGGGGCAAAUUCAGCACAUUGGACUCUCCCGUUGCAAGUGUCAGGUCUUGGCUGGUCCCCAAACCAUUCAGCUCCGUGAUUCUCCUGUGGCAGUGACUCCCAAAGGCUAUUGACCAUCCAUCCUAUCACCUCUUCCCCGAUGCCGUGUCAUGCUGAACAGGGCACCCAAUGGACAUCUUUCCUGACAGAUCAGGUGUCCCAAAGUCAGGAACUGAUCCCCACGUCCCCUAGACCAUAUUUUUUUUAAAGAAAAUAAACCUCAUGUUGUUUGAACAGCCCUUGUGAUUCGGGGGUGGGGAAGGACCAGUUUGUCUUGUGUUGGAAGUGGCCGUAAAAGGAGUUUUGAAAGGGACCUGGCCCAGGUUGAAUUUCCAAGGGGCUGAGAUGGCCAAUGGGCGCGGGCGUCAAAGGGAUUGAAGUGCCUUGGAGGGGAGGUCAGCAUCCUUGGUCUGGAGGUCUGCCUUCAGCAUGUCCUUGUAGCGUUUCCUCUGCCUGCUGCGAGAUUUCAAGCCAUUCCAGUGGCAUCCAGGCUCUUGAUGUGACAGUAGUAGGCCACCCAUGAGCUGUACCCCCCAGGCCUUCAGCACAGACCCCAUGAGGAGGCUGUAGAGGCCUUCAGGCCAAGGUGAUCAAGCCUGUAGCCAACCCACCCCCCUGAGCCCCCGCUCAGUCAGGAAGCUCCCCCUCAUCUCCAGCCUCAGUUUCCCCAGCUGCAAGCUUGAGGCCAUUGCUCCUAGUCCUGCCCCCUGCAGAGAAGAAAGUCCAUCCCCAUCCUCUCUGUUACCAUCCUUCAAGAAGCCUGUGAUCAAAUCCCUGCUCAGGCUUCUCUUC